AUGUCAACAGUACGCGAGAUUUUCGAGAAAGACGAAGCAGCAGGCCUUAAGGCUUUCGAAGAGAAGAUCAAACCACUCGGUUUAUCUGAAGGCGCCAAGGAAAAAUUACUUUACAUGUUCAAAUCAGCCUUUUCCAAGGCAUCUGCUGCCGAUUGCAUGAUUGACUGGCAAUAUGUCGUUCCACUUACAGACAAGGAACAAACACCAUACGAGACACUUAAGGAUCCAGAAAAUCCAGCUGAACUCCUCAAGAAGCUCGUUAUCGUCAAGCUCAAUGGUGGCCUUGGCACAACAAUGGGCUGCACAGGACCAAAGUCUCUCAUCUCCUGCAGAAACGGCAAGUCAUUCUUCGACAUUGUUGUUGACCAGGUCAAGGAGCUCAACGACAAGUACGGAACUGAUGUUCCACUUGUUCUCAUGCACUCCUUCAACACAGACGACAUCAUGAGACCACAUGUUGAAGCUGUCAAGGAUGUCAAAGUUAUCACAUUCAACCAAAACAAGUUCCCACGUAUCUACACAGACACACUUGAGCCAGUCCCAGAGAAUGCCGAGUCCCCAAUCUCAAUGUGGAACCCACCAGGCCACGCAGAUGUUUACCAUUGCCUCCGUGACUCUGGCUUACUUGACAAGUUCCUCGCUGAAGGAAAGACAAUCAUGAUGAUCUCCAACAUCGAUAACCUUGGCUCUGUUGUCGACCUCAAGGUUCUCAACAAGGCAAUUACAGAAAACCGCUCAUACAUGGCCGAAACAGUCCUCAAGACACUUGAUGACUGGAAGGGUGGCAUGCCAAUCAUGUACAAGGGCCACAUGAAGCUUCUUGAAACAGCUAUUGUUCCAAAGGAGCAUUUCAACGAUUACACAGAUAUGAACUUCCUCAACUACUUCCACGCCAACAACUUAUGGGUCAACCUUGUUACACUCAAGCAGGCUCUUUCCGAUGGAACACUCAAACUCGAUACAAUGAGAAACUACAAGAAGUACAACAACCGUGAAAUUGUACAAUUAGAAGCUGCUUGCGGCUCUGCAAUCCAGUCCUUCAAGGAUUCAUGCGCUGUCAGAGUUCCAAGAAACAGAUUCCUUCCAGUCAAGUCUUGCAACGAAUUACUAUUAGUCAGAGCUAACGUUUACAUCAUGGAGGGAUCCCACUUCGUCCGCAAUCCAGCCAGAAAGAUCGCUGACCUUCCAUCCAUCCAACUUUCUCAAAUCUACCAACACGUCGAAGACUUUGAGAAGAGAUUCCCAGAAGCUCCAGACAUGGUAGAUCUCGUCAAGCUCCACGUCGAUGGUGAUGUCUUCUUCGGCAAGAACAUCAAACUUGUCGGAAACGUCGACAUCCAGAUUCCAGCUGGCCAGACACUCACAAUCCCAGACGGAAAGGUUCUCAAGGACUGCACAAUUCGCAGUGCUGCUGAUUUGUAA